AUGACAAUUAGACACCUAACCUUUGCAAUGUUAGUGGUUACUGCAACCACCCUAAUUUUAGGAAACCUGACAGGUAUCUCAGCGCAAUUUGAAUGCAAAGGCGACUUAGGAGGCAUUGCUUCUCAAUGUCAAGAGUACACUUCAAUUCCUGGGCCAAAAAUUCCACCAUCAAAUGAAUGUUGUCAGGUCAUAAACGAUGCUGAUAUCCCGUGCCUUUGCAAAUAUGUUACAAAGGACAUUGAGAGUAUAAUUAGUGUCGACAAAGCCAUCUAUGUGUUCAAAACUUGUGGAGCCAAAGUUCCUGCUGGAACUAAAUGUGGAAGUUAUAUUGUUCCUCCUUCUUCUUCUCCGGCACCUUCUCCUGCACCUUCUACUUCUCCUGCACCUUCCCCUACACCUUCUCACCCUCAUCACCACCACCACCACCAUCAUCAUCAUCAUCAUCUUCAUCCUCAUUCUCCUGCUCCUGCUCCUUCUCCAACAACAUGAACUGCAAUUCAAGAGGCAUGAGUUUUUAUUACCUCAGCAUCCACCUAUAUCUUAAUAAUUAAGCCACCUAUACAUGGCAUGUAUAUUUACUCAUUUGA